AAAGGAAAUUUCGGUGAUUCAAUUAGUGAUAUUCCAAAUGGUUUGGUUGUUGCAAAUGGAAUUGCCGCUGCAUUAAAGCAGAUACCAAGAUGGAUGAAAUUUAACAGCUGUCACACGUAUUUUUGUGCAAAAGCUGGGAAUAACAUUUAUGUUGAAUAUCGAGUUGAAGAGAUUUGCACAAAUGAUGAAUUCUGUACAUACGAAGUGCAAGCGUUCCAAAAUGGAAAAAUUAUCCUGAAAUCUCAGUUAUCUUUCCAAAAAGUUGGUGCAAUUUUGGAAUCUAUUGCUCAUCAGUGCCACAUGCCAGUAACUCCAGUACCAGAUUUCUGUUCAACAGUUUCAGAAGCAAUUGAUCAAUUAUUAGAGGAACGAAAUGAGGAAUCAGCGUCAAUAUCAGAUGAAAUGAAGGAAUUCGCAGAGCACAUCCGGCAGCAUCCAAUUAAUGAUAUUUUUGAUAUUCGGCUAGUUGACGCAGAUUCGUUUACAUCAGCUGUGAUGAAAGGAUUUUUUACAAAACUCUGGGCAAAAUCAAAGUUUGAAAUAAGUGAGUUGAUUGGUCGAGGAUUCUCGCCAAGCAAAUUGGUUCCUAUUGAUUAUUGCUUAUGGAUUCAUAGCGAUGAUAUAAAGAUGACCGACUGGUUAAUGUGUGAAAAUCAUUUUUCGAUUGCAAGUUUGUUGUAAAAGUUUGCAGAGUGUGGACGAGCGUUUAUCGAACAUCACCUAUGGACAAUAAAUGGAAAUUUAAUAUUAACAGCAACUUCAGAGACAAUUAUUCGAGGAAAUUUUAUUCUGCCGAUGCAAAAAUAA